ACUAUCCAGGUUAUACAGACAAGGUCGUGUGUUUCGCCUGUGGAUGUAGCCUGCAUCGAUGGAGGCCCGAGGCCGACCCCUGGGUGCAGCAUGCGCGACACGCCCGUCACUGUGUGUAUGUGAAGCAGCACAAGGGAGAUAACUUUGUAUUGGAGGCUCAGCAGGCUGAGGCUCUGACAGAGAAGGACACAGUUGAAGACCAGUGCGGCACCCCAGGGAGCCCGGGCCACACCCUCCCCACUCCGCCCCGGUCUGGACAUGGCGGCCAUCAAGGCAGCCCUGGCAUGUCAGUAUGAUGUACAACAAAUCCGACAGGCUGUUCUCAAAUUCUUUAUCUUGUCCCGUGGGUUUUACCCCAAUGAGGCGCUGCUCCUCGGCACACUGCGAGCCUCUGAUGCCAACUUCACCCAGCUUCAGAGACUAAUGGAGUCGACCCACACCAAGGACCUGAGUCUUAUCAGACAGACCGAGGAGAUCCAGCAGAAGGACCAGCUGCUGGAGAGGAGCAAGGAGGAGAUAGAGCGGACCCACGAGGAGUACCACACAGAGCUGAGUCGGGAGCAGGCGCAGAGACGGUGUGAUAUGCAGGCCCUGACUGCCAGGCUACAGGCCCAGGCCCAGGUCAUCCAGAGACAGGGGCAGAUGGUGCAGGACAAGUACCUCCAGCUGCAGGACAAGGACCUCCAGCUGCAGGACAAGGACCACCAGCUGGGACACCAGGGAGAGGAGCUGGACAGGAAACAGAGGGAGCUGAACAGUCUGGCUGUGGAGAUGAGGAGACAGGCCCAGGAGAACAGGCGGAAGGAUGAAGAGAUGAGGAGACAGGAAGAGGAGACAGGCAGAGGAGCUGGAGAGAAUGAGGCAGCUGCUGCAGGCUAACAACAUAGAGAACAAUGGACCAGUCAACAACGCCGCUGCUGUUAAUGCUGCUGCUCCUGUUGCCCCGGUUGUCCCCGCCGACCCUGCCUACGC